UUCCUCCGCGGCUGCCUGCCGUCAGUCAGUCAGUGUUUGGACGGGACGGCUGGAUGAUGGAGGGGUCUGUGUGUGCCCCGGUGAUCGUGGAGGGAGACUGGACUCCGGCUCAGACCAGAACCGUGAACAACAAACUGAAAAUUUACUUCGGGAGCAAGAAGAAGUCAAACGGGGGAGACUGUGUGGUGCAGCUGGAGGAAGCAGCUCCGAGGGCCGCAGUUUACUUCAAUUCAGAGGAGGUGAGAGAGCGAGUCCUCGCCAGGGAUGACCAUCAGAUCACCUUGGAGAAUCAAACCUUCAAGUUACGGCUGGUUUCUGCAUCAACCCCGACAAACAGUGACGAUGUCUCAGAUUCAUCGGCAGAUUCAAAGACACAGAAGUCAGAAGUUGAACCUGGAAAUGGAGCUUCUGCUGAGAACAAAGAGGAAUCGGAGUCCGUUCAGAGCGUUUCGGUGGUGUUGGACAAUGUCUCGGACAAAAUGCCUAAAGAUCUGCUGUUAAUGCUGGUGGAGAACAUCUCGGGUUUGGACGACAGCAGCUACAGUCUGGAGAUCAUCUGGGAGACAAACCAAGCCGUGGUCACCUUCAGCAGCCCUGCAGAUGCAGAGAAGUUCCUCACUGUGAGUCAGAGCAGCCGGAAGCUAGAGAAACAUGAACUGACCGCCUGGCGGCUGGAGGCAGCAAAGAGUGUCCGAGUGGAGGAUCUUCCUCCAAAUAUAGUUAAAGACAUGUUGGAGCUGUAUUUUGAGAAGAACUGGAGAUUGCCAGAUCAUAUCACCAUGAUCCCGGAUGAACAGGCCGCCAUUGUCACUUUCAGUGAUUCUAAAGUUGUGGAAAGGAUUUGCAUAAAAGUAGACUAUGUGAUGAGAUCCAUCCCUGUGAAGAUUUACCCUUACUACGAGUCUCUGAGCACUGCCUUAUACGGCAAAGAACGACCAACAUGGAAAAUGCCUGAGCCCUUCACAGAGUGUGUUCACCAUGCUGUCUGGAAAUUCCUCCUAAUGAAGAAACUGUUAAAAACCAUCAACAGUCAGAUGCAUCCAUACUUCUGCAGUGUAGACUUGGACAACCACAAAGUGAAACUCAGCCCUCUUCCGAGUUUGUUGAGGCAGAAAGAUCUGACCGCCAGAGAUGUGGAUAACUGGAUGAGUACUGCCCAAAACGCCUUCUGUCAGCAAAUGUCUCAGUACACGGCCUUUGAAUGUCCAGCAAACGCAGCUGCGUGGAAAGCUGCAGAAAAAGACAUACGCUCAGUUGUCAGGGAAGAUGCCUACGUAGUGCUUGAUGCAUCCAAGGGGAUUUUGACCUUGGCUGGCCAGGCUGACAGGAUAAAACAAAUCAGGGCUCCUGUGGAGAAUAUCAUUCGUAAAGCCAUGAGUGGGAUUGAACGGCACACAAAUGGUGUUUCUGAGGAAAUGAUAUUGUCCCCUGCAAUGUUCUACAUCCUGAAGCAGGACGGGUUGCAGAAAGCAGCACAGGACAUUUCCCCAGAGAUGACCCUCUCUUACAAUGAUAACACACAGAAGUUAACCAUCUCAGGACUCCCUGCAGAGGUUUUCCAGACAAAAUCAUGGAUCUUAGAAAGAAAUAUGCAAAUGAGAAAAAAACACCUGGAUGUCCACCCAAGUCUUCUAGACUUUCUCAAGAAUGUUGAUCCCAUGGACAUGUCCCAGGAUCUGUUCACAUCUCAAGGCAUCAGUGCUAUCUACAGCGUUGAGAGCAAAGGGGUGUUCCUGUUGGGAAGCUCUGACCACGCCCUCGAUGACGCAGAGAAAAAGAUAAAGAUGGCUUUGUCUUCUCACACUCUAGAUGUUGAAGACCAGGAAGUUCUGAAACUUCAAAAUUGGGUUAGCCUGAAUCAAAAGCUGUUGGACACCUACAACUCCUCAAGGAAGAGAACAGUGGCCAUUCAGUACCACCCAGAGAGAAGAGACAAAGUAAUGGUGGCUGGCUUUCUGAAUCCUGUGAAAGAAAUCAGCCGCAAUCUGAAGGAAUUCAUUGUGAACUACUCACACGUUCAAGAAACCUUUCGUGUUGAGUCCUGCGCUGUUGUUCAGUACAUGGACAAGAAGAAAACACAAGAUUGCUCCAAUAUUGCCAAAGAUAACAGUGUGAGAGUCGAUUUUGAUCCAGAGAGGCCAAGAAUUAUCAUUGCUGGGGCUCGUCUUCAUGUUCACAAGGCCAAAUCUUGCCUUAAGGAACUGACUAGUGCUCUUUUCACUGACGAGUUCAUUGUGGACAAGCCUGGAGCUAAGAAGUAUUUCCAGUCUCAAGGAAGCCUGUUCCUCUCUACAGUAAUGACAGAGUUCAGCUGUGUGGUGGUGCUGCGUCCAGAUAACCAAGACGAUGAAGAGGAAGAAAACUAUGAGGAAGAAAACAAUGCAUGUUAUUGCAAAGUGAAGACUGCCAGCGGAGUUCUCGUUUCGGUGAGCAAGGCCGACAUCUGUAACUUUAGCGUUGAUGCCGUGGUCAAUGCAGCUAAUGAAGAAUUGCAGCACAUUGGUGGCCUGGCGUUAGCGCUGCUGAAGGCUGCAGGACCACAGCUGCAGAAACACAGCGAUGAUUACAUUGCCAAACAUGGAAAACUGCGUGCAGGUGAUGCCAUCGUAACAAGUGGAUGUAACCUACCCUGCAAACAUGUCGUACAUGCAGUUGGUCCACGGUUCUCUGACUUUGACAGGAAGACGUCAGUGUCGCGUCUGAAGCUUGCUGUUAAACAAAGUCUAAGAGAAGCAGAGAAGGUGAGCUCCUCCACCAUUGCUUUGCCAGCCAUCAGCUCUGGUGUGUUUGGUUUUCCUGUGGAGCUCUGUGCUGAGACCAUAUCUGAGGCAGUGAGGGAGUACUGCGACAGUCCAGGAGGUCCAGGAUCUUUGACUGAGAUUCAUCUGGUGGACAAUAUUGAUAACACUGUGAGAGUCUUGGCCACAGCUGUUAACAAACAGUUCAUUGAUCUUGAACCUACAAUGACAAUACCACAGCAUGUAGGCGGAAGAGGCCGUGGGGGUCCAAGGGGUCAUAAGCGGGGUUGGGGUCGAGGGCGAGGUGGAAAUCAAAGCCAGUCGUCCAGAGGCCAUUGGUCUAAUGAGAGAGGACGAGGAGGAGCACGAGGACGAGGAGGAGGAAGAGGAGGAGAACGAGGAGGACGAGGAGGAGAACGAGGAGGAGGAGGACGAGGAGGAGGAGAACGAGAAGGAGGAGCACGAGGAGGAGAACAAGAAGGAGGAGGCCGUUGGGAUAACAGGGGUGAUCAGAGCCCCAGAGGACACGCCAAGUCUGGAGGGCGGGGGGCUUCAGUGCAGACUACAGCUGAAGGUCUGAAGAUUGUUCUCUGGGAGGGAAACAUUCAGGACCAGAUGACUGAUGUUGUCGUCAACACCAUCUCAGAGAACAUGAACCUGAACCAGGGAGCUGUUUCUAAAGCGAUCCUGGAAGCGGCCGGGUCCAGAUUGCAAUCAGCUGUUCGGUCUGAAGCCGGAGCGACCACGCUGCGAUACGGCGACGUCGUUGUCACUGACGGCUUUGACCUCACGUGUAGGAAGGUCUUUCAUGCCGUUUGCCCCUUCUGGGACAACGGAACAGGCCAGGCAGAGGAGGAGUUGAUAUCCAUCAUUCGAUAUUGUCUGGAAGAGGCUGAGAAGCGUCACAUGACGUCAAUCUCCUUCCCGGCUAUCGGUACAGGCAACCUGAGCUUCCCCAGAGACCUGGUCUCCAGAGUCCUGCUGAAGGAGAUCCACAGCUACAGCCGCAGAAGAACUCCUCGCUACCUGAGCGAGGUGGCCAUCGUCGUCCAUCCCAGUGACAGCCACGCUGUGAACUGUUUCACCAGAGAGUUCAAAGGUCAGACUGGUCCGAGGAACGUUCAACAUGAAGCAGAGGAUGUUAACGAGUCACCAGUUCGUCAAUCACAGAGCCAAUCACAACGACCCUCAGCAUCCUUCAGUCAGGUAUCAUCCCCCUCCCUCGGUAUGUACCGGAUGCAGAUGGGUCAGCUCACCCUCGAGGUGUCGUCCGGAGACAUCACCAGGGAGGCCAGUGAUGUCAUCAUCAACUCCUCCAAUAAGGACUUUAACCUCAAAUCAGGAGUGUCCAAAGCGAUCUUGGACAGCGCAGGAUUGAAAGUUGAGCUGGAAUGCUCACAGAUCGUGAGUUCUCCUGGUUACCAGCCUGGUGCCAUGAUCCUGACAUCAGCCGGGUUGCUGCCCAGCAAAAACAUCAUUCACAUCGUGGGCCAGAACAAUCCUGCACACAUCAAGGACAUGGUUUACUCAGUGCUGAAGGUCUGCGAGGAAAACAAGUUCAGCUCCGUCUCCUUCCCUGCUCUGGGAACAGGUCAGGGAGGAGUCGACCCGUCUGCGGUGGCGGAGGCCAUGGUUGGUGCGGUGGUGGAGUUUGUGAGGAAGAAGCAGCCGAGGUUUGUUCGGAGCGUGAAGAUCCUGAUCUUCCAGACGGGCAUGGUGAAGGAGUUCCACAAGAGCAUGACGAAGAGACAAGGAGAGGAAGUGGAGGAGAAGAGCGUCUUUACCAAGAUUAAAGACACUUUCACUGCGUUGUCAAACUUAAUUACCGGAUCUGGGGAGGAACGCACUACUCGUUUGGUUCUGGAUGAGGAGGAGUUUGAACCAACAGUAUUUCAGCUGUGUGCUGAUAACACCAAGGCUGUGAGUCAGGCUAAGAAGAAAAUUGAGGAGCUGAUUGUGGCUGAGCAGGCGCAGCGAACCAUCACCGACCCGUUCAUCAGUAAACUGUCUCAGUCUGACAUAGAGGAGCUGAAUACCCUGCAGAGGCAACUGACUGUCAGCAUCCGGCUGGAUAGGAGCCGGGAGAACCAGGAGCCUAAAAUCCACCUGGAGGGCCUGACCAGGGACGUGUUUAUGGCUGAGUCUGCAGUGAGAGACAUCAUCCGAAAGGUGGAGAGGACGGAGAACGAGAGGAAAAAGGCCUUGCUAGUGAGUGGACUCGUCGAAUGGCAGUUUCCACAUCGUAAUGGGACGAUGAUGUCGUUUGACAUUUUCACCAACCUCAUCCUGGAGGAGGCUCUGGAGAACAAAGAGAAGAAUGUGAAAAUCAAGAUUCAUAAUGAAACAUACACAGCUGAUGUGAAGUUUAGAAAAGCUGUUUCAGCAAAUGGACGUAAAGAGGUGGAGCUGCUUAGAAAAGACCUGAAAGAUGACGCUGCUCUACCUGCACAUUGGGACAAUAUGAAAGGCGACCUCCUGAAGCUGUUUCCUGUGACUGCUGGAUCUAAAGAAUACAACGAUGUGCAGACGGAGUUGACAAAGACUGGCCUCUCUGCAAACAUCAUCAGUAUUGAACGGGUCCAAAAUGAGACACUGUGGCAGAGCUACCAGCUGAUGAAGAAACAACUAGAGGUGAAGAAUAAUCACAAAAACAAUGAGAAAAUGCUUUUCCAUGGCACUGCAUCCAACUCCAUCGAUCUCAUCAACAAACGAGGCUUCAACCGCAGCUAUGCAGGAGCACAUGGUGCAAUGUACGGCAAUGGGUCGUACUUUGCGGUGGACCCUGUCUACUCUGCGCAGGGUUACUCCAAGGCUGAUGCCAGCGGGCAUAAGCGCAUGUACCUGGCCAGGGUUCUGGUUGGAGACUUCGUCCAGGGCAGGUCUGGAAUGAUCACCCCUCCCUCCAGAGGCUCUGGGAAUGCAGACCUGUAUGACAGCGUCACCGACAAUCCUGCAAGACCAUCCAUGUUUGUCACCUUCAAUGACAUUCAGGCAUACCCAGAGUACCUUAUCACAUUCACAUAAACUACUAUUAUUCCUCUGUGCAACAGUUCUGAUCAAAUUCUACUGCUAUCAUUUGUUUUAUUGUUUAAAUUCACAUAAAACUAUUUCUACCAAUAUCAAGCUGCAGUUGCUAUUUUCUUGAUUUUGUUUCCAAACACUCAUGAAUAACUGUAGAAGAAACCAUCACACUGUAUCUGAGUAUAAGAUUAGUUAGCUGGAAAAUGUUUUAAUGACAACUAAAAAGACAAGCAUUAAAACCUUGAAUAUAAAUAUUGUAA